CUGUUCAAGCGGUUCAAGCUGCUAGCAGCCCUAAAUACUGAAGCCCUUCACAUCAGUAACGGGGUUCAUGUUACAUCUCGGUGGAGAUAAUGAGGAACCUUAUUGUGCUGGCACUACUGCUGCUGAACACUAACCAUGCCAUGUCAGCACCCAAAGGUGUCACUGCCAGCUUAAAAGCAAAGUGGACAAUGACGCCUUUCCUCCUGGAGACAAGUGAGUUCAUUGGCGAAGAUGGGAAUGAGAAAUUUUGGCAGUUUGUUGACACUGUAAAAGAGCUGACUGUAUACAAACAAGGAGAGUCUGUGCGCUCCUACUACAACUUGGUCAUAAAGAAGGCCGGCCAGUUCCUCACAGAUCUUCAAGUUAACCUCCUAAAAUUUGCUUUGGCGCUUCGGUCGUACUCACCAGCCGUUCAUGCAUCCCAGCAGAUAGCAAGUGAUGAACCUCCACCUGAGGCUUGCCCUGCCUUUGUCUCCAUCCAUGGUCAACAUAGCUGCAGCACCAAGGACAUCAAGAAGCUCCUGAAGGCAUCAGCAGGCAGGCCUAAACCAUAUUUAUACAAGAACGAUCAUACAUACCCCGGAGUCAACAAAACAGAUGUGCCAGUUGUGAUCCUGUAUGCUGAGAUAGGAACCAAGAAAUUCACCUCCUUUCAUAAGGUGCUAUCAGAGAAAGCUGGGGAGGGCACACUUGUGUACGUGCUGCGACACUUUGUAGCGAAGCCAAAGCCUCAUAAGAUGCUUUUAUCCGGGUACGGCGUGGAGUUGGCUAUCAAAAACACAGAAUACAAAGCUGUGGAUGACACCAAAGUGAAAGAUUCAAAAACGGCUACAAAUGCUGAGGAGGAUAUCAACGACGAAGUCCAGGGAUUCAAUUUUGGAAUAUUAAAGAAAUCUCACCCUGAACUCCAGGAACAACUUGUCGAGCUUCGCAAACAUCUACUGGAGAGCACCAAUGACAUGGUCCCCCUCAAAGUGUGGGAAAUGCAAGAUCUCAGUUUCCAGGCAGCUGCCAGGAUCAUGUCCGUGCCAAAGUUUGAUGCCUUAAAGCUCAUGCGAGAUCUCAGUCAAAACUUCCCGAGCAAAGCCAGAUCACUGACAAGAGUGGCCGUAAAACAGGAAAUGAGAAAAGAAAUUGAGGAGAACCAAAAGCGUCUCAGUAAGACUGUUGGUGUAAACCCUGGAGACGGAGAGCUCUUUAUCAAUGGGCUGCACAUUGAUCUGGACACUCACAACCCUUUCAGCAUUUUAGACAUCCUCAGAGGAGAGGCGAGGGUCCUGGAGGGGCUUCAUAACCUGGGCAUUAAAGGAGAACAGCAGGCCAAGCUGCUGAGGCUCCCUGUGAACACGGUGGAUGACAGCUAUGCUUUAGAUAUCAGACAUCCAGCUAUCAUGUGGGUAAAUGACAUAGAGAAUGACCCAACAUACCGCAGCUGGCCGACCGGUGUCCAAGAGCUCCUCAGGGCCACCUUUCCUGGAGUCAUCCGGCAGAUCAGACGCAAUUUCUUUAACCUGGUUCUGUUCCUGGAUCCAGUACAGGAAGAAAGUGUUGAGCUGGUGAAACUAGCAGAGCUUUUCUUCAAGCAUAAGAUCCCCCUGAGAAUUGGAUUUGUGUUUGUUGUCAACACCCAAGAUGAGAUUGAUGGCUUCUCGGAUGCAGGGGUUGGACUUUACCGGCUCCUGAAUUACAUCGCAGAUGAGUACGACUUAUCACAGGCUCUGAUGUCCAUGUUUCAAUUGUACAACAGAGUAGACGCCGGAGAGCCGCUGUCUGUUGAAACAAUCUCGGCUUACCUGAAGAACAAAUUCCCCAAAGCCAGUGCUGAAAGGAUUCUAGGUGUAGAAUCUGAGUAUGAUGACACAAGAAAAGAUGGUGCCCUUUUCUACAAAAAGACUGGCCUGGGUGCUCUUCCUCUGGCUUUAUUUAAUGGAGUUCCUCUGAGCGCAGACGAGAUGGACCCAGACGAGCUAGAAACUAUUAUUCUUCAGCGCAUAAUGGACACCACAACAAGCUUCCAGAGAGCUGUGUUUAUGGGUCAGUUGACUGAGGGCUCAGAUGUUGUAGACUACCUGAUGGAGCAAGCCAAUGUGGUCCCCAGGAUGAACCCUCUUAUUCUUAACACCAACCGACGAUACCUCGACUUCACCGCCAACCCAGUUGCAGAUGAUUGGGAGGACACGACUAUGCUUUCAUUCUUUGACUCCAGGGACAAAACAGCUGUGAUGGCUAAGAGAAUGAAGUACUUCACUAAUAGUGGAGAGGACGGGAUGAGUGCUGUGACCAUGUGGAUAGUCGCUGAUUUUGAGAAGGUGUCAGGGAGGAAACUUUUGCAGAAUGCUCUGAAACAUGUGAAGGCCAGCCCCGGAGUACGUACAGGGGUGAUAGAUAACCCCAGUGGAAAGCCCAGCAGAGAUAACACAGUGCUGUACAGGGCUAUCUGGGCUUCUCUCCUCACCCAGAAGAAAAAGGUUGCUGCAGAGUUUGUGCAAAAACUCCUGAAGGAGGAGAGCAGCCUGCUCCUCCAGCAGGGGACCAAGAUGAAGGAUUUACUGAUGCAGGGCAUGGACGAAGAUGCCUUUGAGAAAAAGUUCAACACAAUGGAAGUGGAUUUCAUCCGCAGUCAGCAGUUGUUUUGUCGAGAAGUCUUGAAGCUGAGGCCUGGACAGCGAGCGGUGAUUAGCAAUGGCAGGGUUCUUGGUCCGUUUGAAGAGCAGGAAGAAUUCAGCGUGGAGGAUUUCCACUUGCUGGAGAAGAUUACACUGAGCGGUGCUGCAGAGAAAGUCAAAGCCAGUGUUAAACAGAUGGGGAUGAAGCCAAAGCACGCCAGUGACUUAGUCAUGAAAGUCGAUGCCCUCCUAACUGCAGCCCCCAAAGGAGAGGUCAGGAGGGAUGUCGGCGUUAUCAAAGACAGCCACAGUGUGCUCCAGCUCUCUCCUCGUGAAAAUGAGGUGUUCUAUGAUGUCGUGGCCAUCGUUGACCCGCUCACUAGGGAGGCACAGAAGAUGUCCUCUCUGCUGAUUGUACUCAGUCAAGUGGUCAAUGUGAGACUGCAGGUGUUUAUGAAUUGUAGGGCCAAGUUGUCCGAGAUGCCCCUCAAGAGCUUUUACCGCUUUGUCUUGGAGUCUGAUGUGAAUUUCUUGGCCAAUGACACGGUUUCUCCAGGACCAGUUGCCCGCUUCACAGAGCUCCCAGAAUCCCCCCUUCUUACCUUGAACAUGAUCACACCAGAGAGCUGGAUGGUACAGGCUGUCCGUAGCCCCCAUGACUUGGAUAACAUCCACCUGCAGGAGGUGAGCGGCGUCGUGGCAGCGGAGUAUGAGCUGGAGCACCUCUUGCUGGAGGGUCACUGCUUCGACCUGUCGACUGGGCAGCCUCCCCGCGGACUGCAGUUCACCCUGGGCAUGAGUCGAGACCCGCUCAUGUAUGACACUAUUGUCAUGGCUAACCUGGGGUACUUCCAGCUGAAAGCUAAUCCUGGUGCCUGGACGCUGAGAUUACGUAAAGGAAGAUCCGAGGACAUCUAUCAGGUUGUCACGCAUGACGGAACCGAUUCCCCUGCCGAUGCUGGAGACGUCAUCGUCGUGCUGAACAGUUUCCACAGCAAGAUCAUCAAAGUCAGAGUACAGAAAAAGGCAGAUAAGAUGAAUGAAGAUCUUUUAAGUGAAACGGGUGAAAGCAAAGGCAUCUGGGACUCCAUAGCAAGCAUCACAGGUGGAGGCUCCAAGAAAGAUGACGGAGAGAAGAAGAAAGAGGAUGUUCUAAACAUAUUCUCCGUGGCCUCAGGUCAUCUGUAUGAGCGCUUUCUGAGAAUAAUGAUGCUGUCUGUCCUUCGGCACACCAAAACACCUGUCAAGUUCUGGUUCCUCAAGAAUUACCUCUCCCCGUCGUUCAAGGAGACCAUCUCUCACAUGGCUGAGUCGUACGGCUUUCAGUACGAGUUGGUUCAGUACAAGUGGCCUCGCUGGCUGCACCAGCAGACUGAGAAGCAGCGUAUUAUCUGGGGUUACAAGAUCCUCUUCCUUGAUGUUCUGUUCCCUCUGGCUGUGGACAAGAUCAUCUUCGUGGACGCCGACCAGAUCGUGCGAGCGGAUUUGAAGGAGUUGAGGGAUUUAGACCUGGAGGGCGCUCCUUAUGGCUACACGCCGUUUUGUGACAGCCGCAGGGAGAUGGAAGGCUAUCGCUUCUGGAAAACAGGCUACUGGGCCUCACAUCUCGGACACAGGCGAUACCACAUCAGCGCUCUGUUCGUGGUGGAUUUAAAGAAGUUUCGGAAGAUUGCUGCGGGGGACAGAUUACGAGGCCAGUACCAGGCCCUGAGCCAAGACCCCAACAGUCUGUCCAACCUGGACCAGGAUCUUCCUAACAACAUGAUCCACCAGGUGGCCAUCAAGUCCCUCCCGCAGGAGUGGCUUUGGUGUGAGACAUGGUGUGACGACACCUCCAAAGUCACAGCCAAGACUAUAGAUCUGUGUAACAACCCUAAGACUAAGGAGCCCAAGCUUACAGCUGCGGCGAGGAUUGUGCCUGAAUGGGUUGAAUACGACAAUGAGAUAAAACAGCUGCUUAGACGAGCCCAGGAGCAGGACGACACAGAACCGCACAAUCAGACCGGCUCUCCCUCACACGCUACAAAAGUCGACAACCAGCGAGAUGAACUUUAGCGUCUGCCAGCACCACGCUGAAAAGAGACAAGGCAGCUCCUUCUGCAUGCAGGCCACCUGCGAAGCUUGAAGACAGACAAUUCCAUCUAAACAUAGCCACAGACACAGUGUUGUUGUUCGUCUCCCCCAGCCACAGAAGGAUGAGAUAUUUUCAGAGAUGCCAUAUCUGCUUCUGCAGUCAAUACGUCUUACAAAUUAACACGCCACGUAAGUGUAGCUGCUGCAGUCUCAGCACUGCAGUCUGCUCUUUGUUGACCGCAGGAGGAGCGAGUAGGGGGGGGGGGGGGGACUCUGUUAGGUGUUUGAGAAUAUGUAGUUGCCAUAUUUUGCACUGAUGAUGUAUGCAAAUGAUCCGAUACAGGAGGCACAUCUCCAAGAGUUGAAGCUCACAGUGUAGAUUUUUUAAUUUGAUGUAAGACUAUGCAUUGACUGAAAAUACCCAAACCAAAGUUGUGACUGACUUUCAAUACUCCUGUGACUUUAAAUUUGAAGACCAGCUGCCAAGUUGUUGCAUUAAAACGUCUGAACAGGAAGGUUUGCAUUGUUUACUUUAUGGAAGGUGAAGGCAGCUGGACUUUUAUUUUAAUGUAUUCAUCAUUUCUUUCCAAUCCAUCCUGUAUCCAAGUAGUGUCUUUAACCACAUCAUAGUAUGCUCAGGUUCAUAGGAUGACAGUUCUUCUUCGUCUGAUUAGUGAAAUAAAACCUGCUGACUGGGAUUGACAGCUUGGAACAGCACUAAUAUCCAAACCACAGCCUCAUCUGAAAACACACUUCUUUGCAGCAGGAAACAAAUACCUCUGAAUCUCCAUCUGCUGCUCCAAAAUCCAUCUGGCUGACGUUUAUGAUUUGAAGACUUGGACUCGUGAAGCGUGUUUGGAUGAGUUAUGAUGUACAGAUGUAUUUUUACAGGUGAAAUCAUCUAUUCAAAUUCAGUUUUUUGAAAUAUAACAGCUCAUUUUUACAUGUCACGUAUUUAUUCAGGAUUAGGAAGCAGUUCUAUUUCUCACUGUAAGUUAUUUUUCAGAUCUUGCAUGUUUCUCUCUUUUGUCAAAGUAAAAGAAAAGUGCAUGCUUAGGUUUUUUUAGGUUCAGCCUGCAACCCAAACUCAAUCGUAUUGUAACUGCUCCAAAAACAAGACCAGCCUUGUAGUUAGAGUUCAUCCAGAUAAUCAGAUAAUUCAGUGUUUGCUUGAUCCUGCCCAGAAACAGCAGUCCAAUACUCUGCCUUUUUUUAUAGCAAGCAUCUGAACUAUUAAGUUUUUUUUGGGUUUUUUUUCAAUCAUAAUUGUGUCUUAGAACUAACUGGUUAUCAUAGUUUGUUUACGCACAUUCAGCCUCCCUGCGUUUCAUUUUAAAGGGUUAUUUCUCCAUUUUUGAUUUCCUUUAAGGACCAGAGUUUUUGUCUCAGGAAUAAGAUGAGUGUUGCUGCUCAACUGAAGCCAACUGUAGUUUUCUCUGUCUUAAAAGUUGUAAACGUGUGUGCAGGAGGUCUGCUCUCAGGUCACCCGUUGUUCACUGUGACGUGUCAAAUAGAUGUUUGUAUUACUGUCUGGUUAAAAGAAUAAAUGUUUACUACAAAAACAUCA